AACUCAUAGCCGGCCCAAAGGACAACGACUCGGCGUGCGUUUAGCUAUUGACGAGCAUAUCGUCUAAAUGUUGAUGACUCGCAAAUAUGACUGAGCUUCUGUGAAAUAGUGUGUGUGUGUGCGUGUGUUUUCGUGAGAUACGCAUAAUGUAUUAAGUGUCAGCAGUAGAAGAAAUACAUUAUAAUUGCACAGGACAAGCAAUUUGGUUGAUGUCCCCCACAGCUAAACCAGGCAUUAAACAGGAUAACGCAGGAUAACGUCCAGGGCGCUGAAGGCUGCCGGCAAAAGUUAUAUUAUUAACAGGUUCUGAAAUCGGAAAUGUAAAUGUGGCCAACGGCAAAGUUGUCUGAUUGAGAAUGCAAAUCGCAUACAGAAACUGAUUGCGGGGCUAAAACGAAUUUUGUGGCUGGAGAAAACAAGUAAUCAAGUGCACACAGGUAACCGUCUAACCCACCUAUCUACCCGUUGCACGCUGCGUAUGCGUAAUAAGCAGCAGCAACAGCACGUGCGUGUCGAGAGGGAGCACACGGUGAGACAGGCAGGCACAGUUGACCAUUAAAGUGGCGGAAAUGACACUGGCAAAAUGUAUCGCUGCAAAAAUUGGUUUUGUGCGCGCAGCAACAACAACAACUACGUCGACGUGGCACUAAACGAGCCGGGCCAAGCCACGACAUCCACGUUACCACCGACGCCCAAAAGCAACAGUAACAGUAACAGCAACAGCAACAGCAUCAAUAGAGCUCGUAACAAGGCCAAUAGCAAUCAGCAGGCAAACGCGAAUGCGACCCACAGAUCAACACCCACCGAUGAUCCACCGCAGGCAGCAGCCGGAGCAGCAGCAGGAGCAGCAAGUGGUGCGGCCCAUGUGGUCACCUUUUUGGAGGAUGCACCGAGCAGUAGUAACGGCGGCGUAACCAGCAGCCGGAUUGUGACCACCGCUGAGCUGCAUCAGGCUCACAUGCUGGAGCACCAUUCCAAUUUGGAUGCCAUCGAGCAGGCCGACGAUUUCAUUUAUGGUCCUGGCGCAGGACUUUCGCUGUGCGACGACAGCCUGCCCUCGGCCAAGAAUUGCUACAGACUCGUCAUGUUGGGGUCGUCACGCGCUGGCAAAUCGUCGAUUGUGGCACGUUUCCUGGGCAAUCGCUUUGAGGAGGCCUAUACGCCAACUAUCGAGGAGUUUCAUCGCAAAUUGUAUCGCAUACGAAACGAGGUCUUUCAAUUGGAUAUUUUGGAUACUUCUGGCUAUCAUCCGUUUCCCGCAAUGCGUCGUUUGUCAUUUUUAACGGGCGAUCUCUUUAUAUUGGUUUUUAGCAUGGACUCUCGUGAAUCCUUCGAGGAGGUUGUGCGUCUGCGAGAGAAUAUACUGGAGACCAAGUGGGCGGCACUUAACCCAGGCUCGGGCUUCAAGAAGAAAAGUCUGCCAAAAAUACCCAUGAUACUAGCGGGCAACAAAUGUGAUCGCGAAUUCAAAACCGUGCAGCUGGACGAGGUUAUGGGCUACAUAGCUGGGCAGGACAAUUGCUGCACUUUUGUGGAGUGCUCAGCACGCCAGAACUAUCGCAUCGACGAUCUGUUCCAUGCCCUGUUCAUGGUUUCCAACCUGCCCCUGGAGAUGACACCGAACCAGCACCGACGCCUGGUGUCCGUCUUCGGUGCACCCUCUCCACUGCCUCCGCACGGCUCUGCCGUUGGUGGCACCAAGAAGAAUGCCCUGUCCAUCAAGCGGCGCUUCAGCGAUGCCUGCGGCGUGGUUACGCCCAAUGCACGGCGUCCCAGCAUACGCACCGAUCUCAACCUGAUGCGCUCCAAGACGAUGGCCCUCAAUGAUGGCGGCGAGGGGGUGCGCAGUACAUCCCGCUGGAACCGCUGCGCCAUCAUGUGAAUCUGCUCAUUACGAAAGAGCUCAGAUUUCUGGCGUCCAUGUGAUAGUAGUGAGAAGCGGUCACAGUGUGGGUGAGGCCACCAGAGAGAUAUAGAAAGAGAUAGACAUAGAGAUAGAGAUAGAGACCGAGAGAAAGAUCUUAUUUUUAAACGCAGCGUUUGGGUGAUUUCUUUAUGUAAUGUAAAUACUUGAGCACAUACUUAUACAAAAUAAAACUAGGAACAUGUAUGUGGCCUAGGCAAGCAUGCAUGCAAAUUUAAUAUGCAUUUUGCAUUUUUUCGCAUUGUUAUUAUACUAUUAGCAAAGCCAAACAAUUCGAAUAUAGAAUAUUAUGCAUAUUUAAUCACAGUUAUUGAACAGCACCCCGUAUCUGCCAGCCUCUUCUAUGUAAACAGACCAAAUAGCCUACGUUCGACAAAUAUUUACAUAUUCGAUUUUAUUGUAAUUUUUAUCGGCACUUUGUUUUUUAAUUGACGCACAACAAAACACACAAAAUGCAGGCGACAAUAAUGUUAGGAUGUACUUGGAAUUGGUACUUGUUCGUAUUUGACUCGGUUUAAGAUUAAUAACAAAAUGGAAUUUGAAUGAAUUGAAAUGAUAACUCAUAGUUAAUUUAAUUGUUAUUGUUGUUUGUUGUUGAUGUUACCACGUUCCUUUCAGAAGUUUUGCAUAUCAGCCAAAAAUAUCCAACAAAUAAAAUAAAAUCCCAGCAUGAAAUCAAAAUCUAAGCACGCCAAAACCGUAAACCAAAAAAACUUUAGACCUAGAGGGUCCAAUGAAACACUAUGGUAAAACUUGUACACCGAGCAACCAGACCUAAAGAACAAAUACUUAAAACUAAUCUAUGCCAAUACAUAAUCAUAUACAAUGAGUACAUAUAUGAGUAUAUAUUAUACUAAGACACAUAUACACAUACAUAUAAAUAUACACGUAUAGCGUUAAACCGAAUUUAUGUGUAAUAAAUUCGAGUUUCAAUUUAACCUAAGCAACAGCAACAAUUUUCGCGAGUUUAACUAAACCUUUAACAGAAGUAUUAUGAGUAAAGGAAUUAACAAUUUCAAUAUGAAACAAAGACCAAAUUAACAUUAUAUUAUAUACAAUACAAUACUUAUAUACUUACUAUAUUAUAUACUAUAUCUAAACUGAUCAAAAUGCGUUAACAUAAAAGUUAUUUCAAAUUUCGACGCUAAUAUUGCAUUAUUCCAAGAAGUGCAAAUAUUUACAAUUUUCAUGGAAUGGGACACACAUACGUUACGAUUAAAGGUUAAUAUAAAUAUACAUAUAUAU